AUGUUUCUAGGUCAAGUUUCGUGGCUAGAUAUUGUCGUCUUUCUAUUCUUCCUUACACCUCAAUUGAUCAUCCAUGUCGGCUUCAUUCAGACUGCUAGUUGUGGUCUACAAGCAUUGCCAUUUUUGUUAAUCAAUCUUCCUCUAUCAUUCGUCAAGGAACGUUUUCUUACACCUUGUGAACAACGAUCACCUUUUGUUCAACAGGCCUCAUGGUUUGAAGAUAUAGUCGUCCGUUGUGUUCGUUAUGCCUUUGCCUACAUCCCAGCAAAUAUUGGUCGAGUCUUCUUCUCAAAAGGUGUUGCAUUGCCAUUUUUCAAGUUUCGCAUGUUUCGUCAUGGGUAUACUGAAUCUCCAAUUCAUUGGAAUGAGGUCAACCAGGACAACGUGAAAGGGAUUUGGAUCAUUGCGGACAAAACGAAGGAACCAGACAUUGUGAUCUAUUAUGCUCAUGGUGGCGGAUUUGCAAUGGGAUCAAGCUAUUUCUAUCUCGAAUUUCUUCUUGCGUGGUUGAAUCUUCUCAAAGACUCUAGAAAAUUUCGAAAUCCUGCCAUCUUCGCAUUAGAGUAUAGCUUGGUACCCGAUGAAUCAUAUCCAACGCAGCUUCACGAAACCUUUGCCGGUUACAAGUUUGUCUUGUCAAUGACCGACGACCCCUCAAAAAUUUGUGUCAGUGGCGAUUCAGCUGGAGCAACAUUGAUUCUCAGCCUGCUUCUUCACAUAGCUAGGCCAGAUAUUGCAAACUCGGAUCCAAGCAUUGAAAGGGUACAUACCGAAACUCCUGCAAUGGCUGUUUUAAUAUCUCCAUGGACGACCCUGGAAUCGCCACAACAUAAGAAUACUUCAAGCGACUAUCUAGAUGCAGAUAGCUUACAUCUUUAUGCUCAUCAAUAUGCUGGAUCUCGAGCUUCUGUCUUGGAUCCAUCAAUCUCACCAGGAGCAUGUAAAGAUUUAGACUGGUGGAGAAUGGCCAGUCCUACCAGAGGUUUCUUCAUCACUUAUGGCUCGGAAGAGGUAUUUGCGCCAGAGACUCGUGAUCUCAUCAUGCUUCUCAAAAAAUCAGGCAAGGUGGAAAUUCGAGGACAAGAACAAAUAGGUGGUAUUCACGCAUGGCCUGUUGCCGCUUUAUUCUUAAGUAGUACAUCAGCGGCGAGGCGAAAGGGGUUACGCAUGCUUGUGAGUGAGAUAGGCGAACGAAUGGGAAAGGCACAUUGA